AUUCUACUAUCAAAUCGUACUCGUCCUCAUCCUCGUCCUUGUCCCCAUCCUCGUUAUUCAGUAUAAUGUGUUCUUCCAAGGCAAAAUUAGUCUCCAACACGAAUGGCGCCGUCCGCGCCCCUCUCUUAGAGAGGCGCAACAACGCCGACGCGUCGGGCUUGUUUCUCCGUAGCAAGACGACAGACGACGAACCGAAGCCCGGCCCGAGCCCGAGCCCGAGGCUGAAAUCGCUUAACAAGUCGAAGAGCUUCAGCUAUAGUGUGGUGGAGUAUGAGGCGGGGAGCAUCGCCGCUGCGAGAAGGGAGGAGGUUGCUAGCUUUCAUGAGCGGAGGAGGAUGCGCAUCGCUCAUUAUGGCCGGACUGCCGCGGCGGCCAAGCCGUCUAAGGCGGCGGUGGCGCCGACUCCGAAUGCUAGUAAUGUUAGUGAGAAGAGAUGCACUUUCAUAACCCCUAAUUCAGACCCUAUUUAUGUGGCCUACCAUGAUGAAGAAUGGGGGGUGCCUGUUCAUAAUGAUGAGAAGUUGUUCGAGUUGUUGGUAUUGACCGGGGCCCAAGUCGGAUCGGACUGGACGGCGGUGUUGAAGAAAAGACAAGAUUUCAAGGAUGCAUUCUCAGGAUUUGAUGUGGAAGUUGUUUCAAAGUAUUCGGAGAAGAAGAUGAUUGCCAUUAGUUCUCAAUAUCGUAUAGAGCUGAGCCAUGUGAGAGGAGCUGUUGACAAUGCUAAAAGAAUACUCCAGAUCUGGGACGAAGUGGGAUCACUAGACAAGUAUCUGUGGGGCUUCGUGAACGACAAGGCAAUCGCCACUGCGUACAAGUUGAGCAACAAGAUCCCGGUUAAGACCUCGAAGUCGGAGACGAUAAGCAAGGACAUGGUGAGGAGGGGGUUCCGCCAAGUGGGCCCCACCGUCAUACACUCGUUCAUGCAAGCGGCCGGCCUCACCAACGACCACUUGCUCACUUGUCCGAGGCACUCCCAAAUUCUUCAUCUCCAUUCAUUAUACCAAAAUUAAUCAAAUUAGGAACGGACGGCCGUACGUACAUACCAAUACUAACGUCUCUAUACCAUAAUACCUAAAAUUUGAAUUAUUGUGCUGUAUAUAUCAUGAUUGGUACUGGAUAUAUAUUACCAAAAGAUAUAUCCAAUUGAAAGAAAAAAGGUGAGGCACCAUGUGCUGUGGGGUAACAUAUUACUAUUAUAUAAAUAUUAGUAGUAGUUAUCUUUUUAAAUUUGAUCACCUUUUUUAUGUAUUUUCCCUUUCUUUACUCACGGGGCUUGCCAAUGUGAUGACCUAAUUCUAUUGUAUUUCUAUAGCUUGUAAUUUUCAUGGCUUGGUUUUUUGUAAUUUAUUUCAAGAAUUGUUUGGGUGUAGAUUUGAUGUGCUAAUAUUAAUGAUUCCUUUUGUACA